CCUGGGCAGGACACGAUCUGUCGAAGGUGGUUGGAGUUGUUGGUGGGGUGGCAUAUCUCAGCCCCAGCCUGCAAAACCAGGGAUCCUACCCCCAAAUCCACUGGCGGUUCAACAACUCUGUGAAGAUCGCCAGCUGGGACAGACGCGGUGAGGUCCAGUACCCCAACAACGCCUACAAGGGACGACUGAGGCUCUUCUCCAACAACACCCUCAAAAUCAGCUCCCUGCAGAAAACGGACAGCAGCACGUACCAGGUGUACCUGGAGGAUGAGGCGGGCAAGGAGCACAUUGAAAACAUCCUCCUGACGGUGUACGAUCCGGUCCCAAAGCCCACCGUGAGUGUCAAAGUGAUCGGCAAUGACCCGGCACGGUGCGAAGCCACCCUGGAGUGCUCGGUGGGGCUCCAAGGGGUGACUUACAAGUGGAUCCUCCCCAACAAACACUCGCUGGAGAGUCAAGAUGCCUCCAAGCUGCAUGUUGCCUUCGACGCCUCGAUAGAAACCUACAUCUGCAAAGUCAGUAACCCCGUCUCCUCCAACAACGCCUCCCUGACCUACAAGCACCCCUGCUCCUGGACAG